UAUGAUCUGACAACCCAGAUUUAUCGUGUUGUUUUUUAAAAAAAGCAGGCGUCUCACAUAUAAUAUUUGUCAAAGAAAAAGAUGUCACCGCACGGAUGGCCGUGGCCCAACAUGUUCGUUCAGCCCGUUGGCCCGCGCGCAUCACCAUUGCAAAUCUUCCUUGGGCCACCGGUCGCGCACACCGGCACGAGCAGCGCAACGCAAACCUGACACGGCGGCACGAGGGACUGCGACUACGACUGAGAGUGCACCAAAGGAAGGGACCUAUGAUUCUAUGAAUGAGAGCCAAAUUUUGAUUCGCCGAAAUUUUGAGAACUUUGGUUAGAUUUUAAACACCGUGGACAACAAAAACUUUUUUCAAACGCUUUUAAAUACAGCCGUUCUUUCCUGUACCUCUCGUUGUUUCUUUUUGCUCUCGUUUUCCCUCGAAGCGCCGCCGCCCAAGAAACAAGCCGCGACAGAUGCCGCUCCAUCUGCUCUCGUCUCCCGCGGCCGCCGCCAAGCUCGCCGCCGGCUUGCGCGCGACCCCUCUCCGCAGCAGCCACAGCUUUGCCCCCGCUCCCCACCACCCGGAACGUGUGUUUCUGGCGUCGUCCCUGUCGGCGGCAGCGGCGCGGUCUCCCGGGCCCGCCAUGGCAGCGGCCGAGGCCAAGCUGAGCGUGUCAGGAAUGAAACAAGUAUUGAUAUCAUUGUCGGAUAAAACAGACUUGGCUUAUCUUGGCAACGGUCUUCAGGGCUUGGGAUACUCUAUCAUCUCCACUGGUGGAACAGCAUCCAGCCUGGAAGCAGCAGGAGUCAAUGUAACAAAAGUUGAAGAAAUCACACAUUUUCCUGAAAUGCUUGAUGGAAGAGUGAAAACAUUGCACCCAAGUAUACAUGGUGGUAUUCUUGCCCGGAGAGACCAGGAGCAUCAUUUGAAGGCACUGAAGGAACAUGGAAUAGGGACAUUUGAUGUGGUUGUGGUGAAUUUGUAUCCUUUCUACGACAAAGUCACCUCUGGUGCCGUUUCUUUUGAGGAUGGGAUUGAAAAUAUUGAUAUUGGUGGGCCUACAUUGAUCAGAGCUGCAGCCAAGAACCAUAAGGAUGUUCUUGUUGUGGUGGAUCAUAAAGAUUAUCCUGCUCUAUUGGAGUACCUUCAAGGAGAUCAGGAUGAUCAGCAGUUCCGCAAGAUGUUGGCAUGGAAAGCCUUCCAGCAUGUUGCCUCUUAUGAUUCCGCUGUUUCAGAGUGGUUGUGGAAGCAAUCCCACAAAGGAGAUACGUUCCCCCCAAGUUUUACUGUGCCUCUGGAGUUGAAGUCUAUGCUUCGGUAUGGUGAAAAUCCUCAUCAGAAGGCUGCCUUCUAUGCUGACAAGAGCCUUUCUCUAGUCGGUGCUGGUGGCAUUGCAACUGCUAUUCAACAUCAUGGAAAGGAAAUGUCUUAUAACAACUACUUGGAUGCGGAUGCUGCUUGGAACUGUGUAUCGGAGUUUGAUAGUCCUACUUGUGUCGUGGUGAAGCACACAAAUCCGUGUGGAGUGGCUUCACGACAGGAUAUUCUUGAAGCUUACAGAUUAGCUGUAAGGGCAGAUCCCGUUAGUGCAUUUGGCGGAAUAGUUGCUUUCAAUACAACAAUUGAUGAGGACCUUGCGAAGGAAAUUCGUGAGUUCAGGAGUCCUACAGACGGUCAAACACGGAUGUUCUAUGAGAUAGUGGUUGCACCCAGCUAUACAGAAAAGGGUCUUGAGAUUCUCAAAGGGAAGUCAAAGACGCUGAGAAUACUCGAGGCGAAGAGAAGCGGAAAAGGGAUGCUUUCGCUUAGGCAGGUUAAUGGUGGGUGGUUAGCUCAAGAGUCUGAUGAUCUAACCCCUGAAGACAUCACCUUUACCACAGGGUCUGAGAGGGCUCCCCAAGAGAACGAGCUUUCUGAUGCCAAAUUUGCCUGGCUUUGUGCGAAGCAUGUCAAGAGUAAUGCCAUUGUGAUAGCCAAGAACAACUGCAUGUUGGGAAUGGGGAGUGGCCAGCCAAACAGACGAGAAAGUCUUAGAAUCGCCUUCAGAAAGGCAGGAGAUGAGGCCAAGGGAGCUGCAUUGGCAAGCGACGCCUUCUUCCCCUUCGCUUGGAACGAUGCCGUUGAGGAGGCGUGCCAGAACGGCAUUGGAAUCAUCGCUCAGCCUGGAGGCAGUAUCAGGGACGACGACGCCGUCGCGUGCUGCAACAAGUACGGCGUGUCGCUCGUCUUCACCGGUUUUAGGCACUUCAAGCAUUAGCACCAUGUCCAUGGCUGCUCGUCUUAGCUUAGGAAAGAAAUGAGCUCGGAAUUCAGCAAUAAGAGUUCGAACUUUGAUUAUGUAGGCUGCCGGUUGUAAGAGCUGCUUCUGAUGAGUAGCUUUCGGCACGGUAAAUUUUGGAUUCGGGCUAUAGCCCUGCUUCUGAUGGGAAGGCUUUUGUUCGGUGAGCUCGAGGGGAACAUUUCUCCUUCAGCUGCAUAAGCUGAUGGGUGUAUCAUUAGUGUCAACUGUCCCAAGCUAAAUUCCUUGCAAUACUUACAGCUGAUGCCGAAGAUUUGGAUUUGGAUCUGUGGAAA